GAGCGUGAGUGUAGCGACAACCCCCCCUUCCCCUACCACCGCACUCCGGCCGCCCGCAGCCUUCAACCACCACGGACGCCUCUCACCCACGUGCCAACAUGACUGCUGUGGAGCUUGAGCAGGAGGAGGAGAUCAACGUCGACGGCGACAGUCGUCCAGGCUCUCCGGAGCCUCCACUCUGCCCCACCGCCCUGCGUCCUUCGUCAGGACACCUCGGCGACCCCAGCCACAAGCCGCCUGCCAACGCCUCCCGCCUCUCCUUCAGCAUCUCAGCGCUCCUCGGCGACAAAGAUCGCACUAGUGACGAGGACGAGCGCCGCGGCGAAAGCGAGGACGAAGACGACCACGACGAUGACCACGACGACGAAGAGAGCUACGAGGAAGGAGGCGACGACUACCAUUCCGCCUACAGCGCCCUGGGUGGCCUCCCUCCCCACUGUGGCCCUCUCGCAGGCGGCGCCCCCACGGUACUGCGAGUGCCCGCGCACAGACCGAUGGGAAUGGGAUACCCAGGUUUGGCAGGGCUGGGGGGCGCGCACCCCUGGAUACCCGGCCUCCCAGUGCCCCCGUUCGAGAGAGCCACGGCCUUGGCGCCGCACUACCCCACCCUCGACAGACUGGCAGGGCCCUUCCCUCUCACCCGCCGCGUCGGCCACCCCUACCAGAGCAGGACGCCCCCGAAGAGGAAGAAGCCUCGCACCUCCUUCACCCGCGUUCAGGUGAACGAGCUGGAGAAGCGGUUCAACAAGCAGAAGUACUUGGCGUCCAGCGAGCGCGCGCAACUGGCCAAGCAGCUCAACAUGACAGAUGCGCAGGUGAAGACGUGGUUCCAGAACAGGAGAACGAAGUGGAGACGGCAGGCAGCGGAGGAGCGCGAGGCCGAGCGACAGGCGACCAACCGGCUCAUGAUGUCUCUUCAGGCGGAGGCUCUGUCCAAGGGGCUGCUCACCGACCCGCCCACGACGCCCUUGUACAACUCGAACGCCUCCCUCUGCGCCCUCGAGAACAUCAAGCCGUGGGCUGAGAAGAGCAAGCCCACGCCCACCGGCCCCGAGGACUCGUACAGCAGCACGCCGGUCGUCUCGCCCACGUGCUCGUGAGGCGCCCCCCUGACGUCGCUCGUGAGGCUGCCCGUCUUGCCAAUCGUUGCUUCCUCCAGUUCGUCUUAAGAUUGACCUUCCGAGAUGAUGACGUCAGAGGGAUGCUGAAACGGACACCAACGGCGCCGCAAAAAGUCUCAGGCUAAUAAACGGCGCGUUGGUGGAGCCGUCACCGAGUCUCAGAAUCUGAGAUGAUAUAAACUAUGAUUGUACAUAUUUUCAUUCGUGAUAUUAUUAUUCAAUAAACACUCCUCGAAUGAGGAUAAGUAAAAACCAUCGCAUUCUCUCUGUUUCAUCUAUGUGCCAGUUUUUUUGUUUUUUUUUAUCUUUCGUUCCUCCUUCCAUUUCCUUUUUUUUACAACAUCACGAUUUUUAGCAUAAAGUUCAAUGAAUUACCUAUUUACCAAUAUCUAUUCCAUUAACCAAUCAAAUGACUCACAGUAAAGAAUAAAUUUUCUACAUAGUGUUUGCCUUCAAAUGUCUCUCGUCUCUUGGAAGACAAAAGAAAAAAAAAAAAUUAAAAACCUUUUCGGAUUCAUUAUUCAAAACUAUCAUAUACGGCUGUUUCGUGAUUGUGUGGCAUUAUAUCCUUAAACUAUGAUGUUGAGUAUAUCUCGCAGUUAUAAUGCACCGAGUGAUAUUAAGGAUCCCCUUUUUAAUCACAGCUUGAAUAACUUCCCACCAAGUCAAUAGGUUUUUUUUUUGACCCUCUAUUGAUGUUCUAAGGGAUAUGUGUGUAGUGUACAUGCUAGGAAAGUUGGUGUACAUUUUGUAUAAAGGUGACCCAUUUGUAAAUUAUUUGUAUAUACAUUGAAAUGUAAUACUCGAGUUCUUCUCAGUGUCUUUAUGUAUCAAAAUAUGUAAAUAAAAGCGAUAACUAA